CGUCUAAACGUCCGUCACAUUCGACCAUCUAUAAAUGCUAGAGUCUCCUAUCAAUUCCUUCUCCUCUCGUUUGGGCAGCUUCUCGAGAUCUGCCCUCUACGUUUCCCAAAAUUACUAUUCUGUCCUUACCAGACGCAAAACAUGGGGUUGUCUUUCACCAAGCUUUUCAGCCGGCUCUUUGCCAAGAAAGAGAUGCGAAUUCUUAUGGUGGGUCUUGAUGCUGCUGGUAAGACCACCAUUUUGUACAAGCUCAAGCUGGGAGAGAUCGUUACCACCAUUCCCACAAUUGGAUUUAAUGUGGAGACUGUGGAAUAUAAGAACAUUAGCUUUACUGUCUGGGAUGUUGGUGGCCAGGACAAGAUUCGUCCUUUGUGGAGACACUACUUCCAGAACACUCAGGGUCUCAUCUUCGUGGUUGAUAGCAAUGAUCGUGACCGUGUAGUUGAGGCUAGGGACGAGCUACACAGGAUGUUGAAUGAGGAUGAAUUGAGGGAUGCAGUGCUGCUUGUUUUUGCAAACAAGCAAGAUCUUCCAAAUGCCAUGAAUGCUGCUGAGAUUACUGAUAAGCUCGGUCUCCACUCUCUCCGUCAACGCCAUUGGUAUAUCCAGAGCACAUGUGCCACUUCUGGAGAAGGGCUGUACGAGGGGCUUGACUGGCUCUCCAACAACAUUGCUAACAAGGUAGGCCCCUAAUGACACAUCAUAUUAGAAAAAUCCCACAUAAGUUAUGCUGGCUUCAUUCUAUUCAAAAUUAACAUUCCCUUUUAAUCUGUGUCAGGCUUAGAAGCCGUGGUAAUUGCCAUCAACAUUUUGCAUUGCCAACAUUGUCGUAAUGGAGAGAUGUUACCAUGUUGUUCUGGCGUUUUGAGAUUUAUGGUUUACUGUUGCUACUGCGUGUUGCGAGUAUCAUCUGCUUGUUUUACUUAGUUCCUUGUUAUUAUAGUAGAAAUUUGGAAUCUGUCCUGUAGAUUCAGAAUAAUUUGUGUAAUUUGCUGUUUUCUGAGUUGAUAUUAUUCUUGAGUGUUCUUCCU